GUUUUCAAAGUUCCAGCAGAAGUUUUAAGAAGCGCUGGGUUACAGAGUCCGCUUGGAGGAGUAACAGGGGACGAACGGAUCGUUUUUGCUUUUGUACAACUUACAAAAAGAAGAGAAAAAAGAAGAAGAUUUGUGCUUUAUGUCUCUGUUAGCCGCAACGUGAUUUUCUGGGAAUUUUUAUUCUGCAUGCAUGUUUUUAAUGGAUGUAUUGUAACAUUGUGAAGCGAAGAAUCAGUUGUUAGCGCAAUGGGGAAUUACAGAUUGUGGAUUUUCCUGUGGAUUCUGUCACUUUCUCGUGGCUGCAAAGGUUUCAAAUGCCAGGAUAAUUCUAAACCCUGCGCAAACGGGGGUACGUGCGUUGAGAAUCAAUCGAGAUGCGUGUGUCGAUCGAGCUUCAUCGGAGAGCUCUGCCAGUUUCAGGACCCGUGCCACAAGUCCCCUUGUCUGAACGGAGGGCGUUGCAGAAGCUCAGUGGUGGAUGUAGCCGUGCAGCACACCUGCACAUGCCAGCGUGGGUACAGAGGGCAAGACUGCUCCCUGGUUGACGCCUGCGCCACCAACCCCUGCGCCAACGGUGCCCGCUGCUCCAACUGGAACAACCGCUACAACUGCUCCUGCAUGCCCGGCUUCCAGGGCAAGAACUGCCGCAACGACGUGGAUGAGUGCAAGACCUCCGGCGUGUGUCUGAACGGGGGCGCCUGCCUCAACACCCCGGGGUCAUUCCGGUGCCAUUGCCAGCCAGGCUUCUCCGGACGGGUGUGCGAGAUCGCCUCCAUGCCAUGCGCCCCCUCGCAGUGUCUGAACGGGGGCACCUGCCGCCAGACCGGAGACCUGACUUACCAGUGUGCCUGCCUGCCAGGGUUCGAAGGUCACAACUGUGACAGAAACAUUGACGACUGUCCGGGACAUAAGUGCAUGAACGGAGGGACGUGUGUGGAUGGAGUGAACACUUACAACUGCCAGUGCGCACCUGAGUGGACAGGCCAGUUCUGCACCGAAGACGUCAAUGAGUGUCACUUGCAGCCCAACGCGUGCCACAACGGGGGCACCUGCUUCAACACCAUCGGUCGUCAUAGCUGCGUGUGCGUGAACGGCUGGACCGGCGAGGACUGCAGCGAGAACAUCGACGACUGCGCCACGGCCGUGUGCUUCAACGGGGCCACCUGCCACGACCGCGUGGCCUCCUUCUUCUGCGAGUGUCCGGUUGGGAAAACAGGUCUGCUCUGCCACUUGGAGGACGCCUGCGUCAGUAACCCCUGCAACGAGGGGGCGGUGUGCGACACCAACCCCCUCAACGGCCGUGCCAUCUGCACGUGCCCCCCUGGCUUCACCGGGGGAGCCUGCAACCAGGAUGUGGACGAGUGCUCCAUCGGGGCGAACCCGUGCGAGCAUUUUGGGAAGUGCGUAAACACCGAGGGCUCAUUCCAGUGCCAGUGUGGGAAGGGGUACACGGGACCCCGCUGCGAGAUCGACAUCAACGAGUGCCUGUCCAUGCCCUGUCAGAACGAUGCCACCUGCCUCGAUCGCAUCGGGGAAUUCACCUGUAUCUGCAUGCCAGGGUUCAUGGGAAUUUACUGCGAAGUGGAUAUCGACGAGUGCGAGAGUAACCCGUGUGUCAACGACGGGCAGUGCAAGGACGUCGUCAAUGGGUUUGUCUGCACCUGUCUGCCAGGUUUUACAGGCUCUAUGUGUCAGAUUGAUAUUGACGAAUGCGCCAGCACGCCGUGCCAGAACGGGGCCAAGUGUUUCGACAGACCCAAUGGGUAUGAAUGCUACUGCGCUGAAGGUUUCGAGGGCACCGUUUGCGAGAGGAACAGUAAUAACUGUGAUCCGGACCCGUGCCACCACGGCUCCUGCGUGGAUGGCAUCGCCAGCUUCACGUGUGUCUGCGAGCUGGGCUACACGGGCUACCGCUGCGAGAACCAGGUGAACGAGUGUCACAGCAACCCUUGCCAGAACGGGGGAAAAUGCAUGGACCUGGUGAACAAGUACCUGUGCCACUGUCAGCCCGGGACGUCGGGUACUAACUGUGAGAUUAAUUAUGACGACUGUGCCAGCAAUCCUUGUGAUUAUGGCAUCUGCCAAGAUGGAAUUAACCGCUAUGACUGUAUCUGCAAGCCUGGCUUCACAGGCCCCCUGUGCAACGUGGAGAUUGACGAGUGCCAGUCGAACCCCUGCCGGAACGGCGGCACCUGCGUGGACGAGGAGAACGGCUUCCGCUGCCAGUGUCCGGAGGGCUUCCACGACCCGCUGUGCUACUCCGAGGUGGACGAGUGCAGCAGCAGCCCCUGCGUCCGUGGGACCUGCCACGACGACGUUAACGGCUAUAAGUGUGACUGUGAGCCGGGCUGGUUGGGGAUGAACUGUGACCUCAACAGGAACGAGUGCCACUCGAACCCCUGUCUGCACGGGGGCACCUGCAUGGACCAGGUCAACGGCUACACCUGCAAGUGCAAAGAGGGCUUCAGAGGGAACUUGUGUCAAACCAACAUCAAUGACUGUGCCUCGAACCCCUGCCUGAAUAAAGGGACCUGCGUUGACGGCGUUGCCAGUUACACCUGCCUGUGUGACCUGCCCUAUACAGGUCGCGACUGCGCAGACGUGCUGGCCCCCUGCUCACCCAGCCCCUGUGAGAACGGAGGGGUCUGUGAGCACAGCCCAGACUACGAGAGCUUUGUGUGCACCUGUGCUCCGGGCUGGCAAGGUCAGAGGUGCAACAUGGAUAUCAAUGAGUGUGCCACGAGCCCGUGUAAGAAUCGGGGUACCUGCGCCAACACCCUCGGGGGGUUCACCUGUACCUGCCGACCUGGCUUCACCGGGGUCAACUGUGAGACUGACACCAACGACUGCGCCCCGAAUCCGUGUCUGAACGGCGGCAGCUGCGUCGACGGGGUCAACUCCUUCAAGUGCACCUGCAUGCCGGGCUUCAUGGGCACCCGCUGUGGCGUGGAAAUCAACGAGUGCCACAGCAGCCCUUGCCGCAACGGGGGCACCUGCACCGAUUACGUCAACAGCUACACCUGUACCUGCAAGCUGGGCUUCGCUGGCAUACACUGCGAGAUCAACGUCCCUGACUGCACUGAGAGUUCCUGUUUUAACGGAGGGACCUGCUUCGACGAGAUCAACGGCUACACUUGCCACUGCCGGGCUGGCUUCACGGGCUCCAACUGCCAGUUCGAGAUCAACGAGUGCGACUCCCAGCCCUGCUUGAACGGGGGAGUGUGUCUGGAUGGGUUAGAGUCCUACCGCUGCACCUGCCCUCUGGGAUUCACCGGCUCACGCUGUCAGAACACGGUGGAUUGGUGCAGCAGGUCUCCUUGUAAGAACGGAGGACGCUGUCGACAGAAGGAAUCCGUUUACACGUGCGAGUGUCCGAGCGGCUGGACCGGACGGUACUGCGACAUCCCGAGCCUCUCCUGUGAGGCAGCUGCUUCCCAGAGAGGUUUGGGAAUUGACCAGCUUUGCCGCUAUGGGGGUCACUGCGUGAACACAGGCAGCACGCAUUACUGCCGCUGUUCGAAGGGAUAUACUGGCAGCUACUGCGAAAGUGAGAUCAACCAGUGUGAGCAGAAUCCCUGCCGCAACGGCGCCACCUGCAGGAGCUACGUGGGAGGACACGUCUGUGAAUGCAUGCCGGGCUACGCUGGGCCAAGCUGUGAAACGGAGGUGAAUGAGUGCCAGUCUCACCCUUGUCAGAACGGGGGCACCUGCAUCGACCUGGUCGGACACUAUAUCUGUUCCUGCCCCCCCGGGACGCUAGGAGUGCUGUGUGAGAUCAACGAAGACGACUGCUCUCCCAGUCCGAGCGGCCGAGCCCCCAAGUGCAUGAACAACGGGACGUGCGUGGACAAGGUCGGGGGAUACAGGUGCAACUGUCCCCCGGGGUUCACUGGGGAACGCUGCGAGGGGGACAUCAACGAGUGCCACUCGAACCCCUGCAACCCCUCCAAUACCCUGGACUGCAUCCAACUGCCCAACGACUAUCAAUGUGUCUGCAAGCCUGGCUUCAAUGGACGAAGAUGCCAGAGUACCAUCAACAUGUGUGAGUCUCAGCCCUGUCAAAAUGGGGGAAAAUGUUCAGAGACAGUCAACUCCGCGCUGGGAUACAGCUGCACUUGUCAGCUGAACUACGUGGGGCCUAACUGCGAGAGGAGCCUGCUGUCAUGCCGGGAGAUGUCCUGCUACAACGGGGGGACCUGCGUGAACACGCAGCUGGGCGCCCGCUGUAACUGCGCCCCAGGCUUCGCCGGGCCCGACUGCCACCUGCGGGAGAAUGGCAGCUGCGCUAACCAGCCUUGCCGUAACGGGGGCACAUGUCGAAAGGACGCCACCUUCCCCUUCUUCCAGUGCCUGUGCCGUCACGGCUUCAACGGCAAAAGGUGCGAGCAGAGUCUCACGCGCAUGCUCCCUCCCCCGCCCACGCCGGAGCCCUCCUGCCCUCUGGCGGCGUGCCGGGGCAAAGCGGACGAUGGCGUCUGCGACAGGGAGUGCAACACGCACAACUGCCAGUGGGACAGAGGAGACUGCUCACUCACUGUGAACCCUUGGAAGAAGUGCGAGGCCCAGCAGUGCUGGAAGGUGUUUAACAACAGCCUGUGUGACGAGGCGUGCAACACCCCCGAGUGUCUGUAUGACAACUUUGACUGCAAGAAGAAAGAGAGGGUCUGCAGCCCGAUCUACGAGCAGUACUGCAUUGACCACUACGCGGACGGGAGCUGCGAUCAGGGCUGCAACAGCGAGGAGUGUGGCUGGGAUGGGCUGGACUGUGCCAGGGGCGUGGCCGAAAACCUGGCGGAGGGCGUGCUGGUCAUCACAGUGCUGCUCCCGCCCCAGGAGCUGCGUCGAACCAGCACAGCCUUCCUCCAGAAACUCAGCUUCAUCCUCCACACCACCCUGCGCUUCCGCCAGGACGAGAACGGAGAGGACAUGAUCUACCCCUUCUACCGGAGCCAGUCCCGCAUCCAGAAGAGAGAGCUGGAGCAGGAAAUCAUCGGCACCAUUGUGUACCUGGAGAUUGACAAUCGCCUCUGUGUCACUGGCUCAGACCCGUCCAAGUGCUUCCUCACUGCGGAGAAUGCGGCUGAUUACCUGGGAGCGUUAUCUGCCGUGGAAAGACUGCGCUUUCCCUAUCCCCUCAAAGAAGUCCGGGGCGAGAGGAUUGACCCGCCAGUCAAUCCCGAGUUGAAUAAGCUCCUCCCCCUGGUGGUGGUUGCCGCGGUGAUUCUCCUAGUGAUUCUCAUCCUGGGCGUCCUGGUUGCUAGGCGCAAACGGGAGCACAGCACCCUCUGGUUUCCGGAAGGGUUCUUCCUGAAGAAGGAGACGAGCAGCAACAAGAACCGCAGGGAGCCGGUCGGGCAGGACGCCUUAGGGAUGAAGAACAUGCCAAAGACUGUUGAGCAGAGUUUGCUUUCUGAUCACACCGAACAGUGGCUGGACACGGACUGUCCUGAAGCCAAGAGGCUGAAGGUGGACGAGCCGGGGACCGCGUCGGAUAACGAGGACGCAGUGGACUCCCGGCAGUGGACGCAGCACCACCUGGCCGCGGCCGACAUCCGCAUGCCCCCCUCCAUGGCUCUGACGCCCCCCCAGGGGGAGUUCGACAACGACUGCAUGGACGUCAACGUCAGGGGACCCGACGGAUUCACGCCGCUUAUGCUGGCCUCGUUCUGCGGUGGUGGGCUGGAGGCCGAGGUGGUGGAGGAGGAAGACGCAGACGAUUCUUCAGCCAACAUAAUCUCGGACCUCAUCUACCAGGGCGCCAGCCUGGCAGCCCAGACCGACCGGACCGGAGAGUCGGCCCUGCACCUUGCUGCCCGCUACGCCCGCGCUGACGCCGCCAAACGCCUGCUGGACGCUGGAGCCGACGCCAACGCCCAAGAGAACACGGGGCGGACACCGCUCCAUGCUGCUGUGGCUGCAGACGCGCAGGGGGUCUUCCAGAUCUUGAUCAGAAACAGAGCUACGGAUCUGGACGCCAGGAUGUACGACGGCUCGACGGCUCUGAUCCUGGCAGCCCGUCUGGCCGUGGAGGGCAUGGUGGAGGACCUCAUUGCGUGCCAUGCCGACGUCAACGCUGUCGAUGAAAUAGGUAAAUCCGCAUUGCAUUGGGCCGCGGCCGUGAACAAUGUGGAAGCAACUCUUGCACUUUUGAAGAACGGAGCAAACAAGGAUAUGCAGGACCUCAAGGAGGAGACUCCUCUGUUCCUGGCCGCUCGGGAAGGCAGCUGCGAAGCUGCCAAGAUCCUACUGGACCACUUUGCCAACCGGGAGAUAACGGACCACAUGGAUCGCCUCCCCAGAGACAUCGCGCAGGACAGGAUGCACCACGACAUCGUGCAGCUGCUGGACGAGUACAACACCGUGCGCAGCCCCCAAGGCCACGGGAUGCAGGGGCACCACAUGGCAGGAGGCCACACCAUGUCCCCGCUCAUGUGCCCACCCGGCGCGUUCAUGCCUGGCCUCAAACAGACGGGGCAAGGAAAGAAGUCGAGGCGACCGAGCGCCAAGGGGGCAGGCCAGCAGCACGCCGGCCUGGCACGAGAAGCCAAGGAGUCUGCCAAAGCCAGGAACAAGAAGCUGUCGCUGGACUGCCAGGGAUCGCUGAUGGAAAGUUCGGUCACCCUCUCGCCCGUCGACUCACUGGAUUCUCCUCGCGGGGGCUACGUGACGAACCCGGCUUCACCGGCCGUGCCGUCGGCGGGGAUCUUCCACCAGGCUUCGUCCAUGUCGGUUCCCACCACCCCGGUGGUGCGCGGCCUCCUGGACGGGCCUUUUGCCGUCUCCCUGGCGAGGCUGAGCGAUAUUGGAGAGCUGCCGGGUCCGGGUCAGAACGCAGCCAUCCUGUCAAUGAAUUCCAUGCAGCCGCGUGUCUCCGUGUCCUCGGUCAACGUCGGCACGGGGCAGCCCAACUACGUCCUGAACGCCGGCCAACUGGGGCUGAACCUGGGCAUGGUGAGCCCGGUGAGCGUGCCUUUCGACUGGCACGCCCGCAUCCCCACCUCCCAGUGCAACCAGCAGGUCAUCAACCUGGUGCAUCCCAUCCAGACCCAGGCUGGCAUACAUCAGCAACAUCAGCAAGCUGUUCUCCAGCAGCAGCAGCAGCAGCAGCAGCAGCAGCUGAUUCUCCAGCAGCAGCAGCGCAUGUUCCAUGGAUCUCAAGUCCUGGUUCAGCAGCACAGCCCGGUCAAAAUGCAAAGAGUGGCCGAACAGCAAAAGCAGAUGAACCAAGCUCAGCAGCAGCAGCAGCAGCAGCAGCAAAUGCAAGCCUUGGUCAACCAGCAGAAAUUGGCCCGGCUUGGUUCUGCCACCCCACCAGAUGCUCAGCCACCUCCUCCUCUUCCUCCUCCUCCUCCUCCUUCUCAAACUCCAACUCAGCAGCAGCAGCAGCCACAGUCGCAGAACGUGUCCCAAGCCCCGCAGUUCUUCAAGCAGAUGAGCAACCCACCUGUGGAGGAUUACCCGACCCCGCCUUCCCAGCACAGCUACGCCUCAGCCCACGACGCCACGCCCAAGCAUUACCUCCACCUGCAGAACGAGCACCCCUACCUGACGCCCUCCCCCGAGUCCCCCGAGCAGUGGUCCAGCCCGUCUCCUCAUUCCAUGUCCGACUGGUCAGACUCCACCCCCAGCCCAGCCGUCGUUGGUCCAGCCCACACCCAGAUCCCUCACGUGCAGGAGCAAAGCACGAAGAUGCAGGUUUUUGCGUAAAGAAAACCUACAGCAACAAAUAGGGAGGGAUCUGUCUCUCUAUCGUACAGUACAGUAAAACCUGGCUUUUUUUUCUCAGGUUUUACUGUUAUUUUUGUGUCCUUCUCUUUUUUUUUUUUUUGCAUUCUUUUGCAAGCAAAAAAAAGGUGGGGAACGUUGUUGUCUUAAGGAAAAGACGUUUUUUUUUUUUUUUUUUUUUAAUUGUAUGAAGUAAGACUUUUUUGUACAGAGCACGCUCUGGAACUUGAAAAAGAGAAAUGAACACGAAAUAUGAAGAAGUCUUUAAUUUCAAAGACGAAGUUUUAAAAAAAAAAAAAAAAGUUCUCCUGUAAAGAAGAAAUGUGUUUUUGUUUUCUUGUUUUGUUUUUUUUUCUAAAAGAAGUUUUGAAGGAAAUUUCUUGACGUUGUUCGUUUUUAUUUAUUGCUUUUUUCUUCCUCAUGAUUAUAUAUAUAAUAUCACUGCCUGCCUUUCUCUCGUGCCUGUGUAAAUAUAAGAUGUAAUGUUUUCUGCGUCUCUCUGAAGGGUGGUGAAAGUGGGUUUAGUAUCUUUCCAGUGGGACAAUUGCCAAUGUCUUGUUUUGUGCAAAACUUAGGUCACACUACACACACGCUGGGCAGCGGUAGUUAAGGAAGCCUUAUGCUAGAUAUUGUAUCUGCUUUAUUCUCCCUAUGGAUCUUUGUUUUGUUCGUCCAACUUUUAAAAAAAAACUCCAGCAUAAAGAAAUAAAGUUGAAUAGAGAGAGAAUAAGGCAUUGACAAAGGGUUUAAUUUAGUCAGCCCUUUCCCGUCAAGCUUAGACAUUUUUUAGAGCAUUUUACAGUGCUAGACAACACUGAGAACUGCCUUACCCAUCUAUCCAUGGUCACCCCAGGGUGCAUAGUGGGUGCAAUACUAAUGGAUGUAAAAUGCUUUACAAUGCCCAGCUGUGGCUUACUCUGGCUAGGGUGUGGGCAGACCAAAUCUACCCUUUAGAUUCAGAAAAUUACUUCUUUUUGCAGUUAUGGGCGAACUAGAAGAAACAGAUACUUUAAAUCUCACCCACACUCCUGAUCAAAUAAUGCUUUGCCGAUUGUACGUACAAGAGCAGCCAAAGUAAUGUUGUGAUAUAUAUAUAUUUAUAUAUAUUCGUUUUUUUUAACUGCCCUGACUAUUGUUAAGACAGUAUAAAAUACUCAUUGGUUGUGGGGUUAAUUACUGCUAGUUACUGUUCAUUCUGGCUUGACGAACUGAAGGCAAAGUCAAAAUCCACGAGGAGGCUAGGAGGUGCAGUUUAAUGUUGAGGGAUUACAAUUAAAAAACGCAAGUUAUUUUCUCCCCCUGCUCCCCCUGCCAAAAUUGUGUGACAAAGGUGUUUUUAAUCAAGGACCGACAGAAUGUUAUCGUUUUGGACACUACUGCCAGUUUUGCGCCCCCUUGUGUCUGGAGGUUGAACAGCGUGAUAAAGCAGGGAUGUGACACGCCUCGCCCUCUUUCCUGCCGUCGCGCGGUUUAGAGUUUGUUUUACCACAGCAGAAGCAGGGGUGCAAAUCUUCAUGACCUCCCUAGCCCCAAAAAAAAAAAAUCUAAUCAAAUAAAGAAAGCAUUCGCGUGAGAAGGCAUAGCCCUAGAAGUAGGUCUAACGGUAAAUAGUUUGAAUCCAUAUUGGAAUUUCUUAAAUAGGGAUUCCCUCUUCAGUUAAAGAAAGGGUUUCAGCUAAAAGGGAAUAAUGUUUUGCAGCCACUGUUUUUUGUUUGUUUGUUUCGCGGGAGAACUGUGCUUAACUAAGCUUAUAAAGUGGCUGUAAUGUUCAAUGUUUCUCACCAAUUUGUAAGUGUAAAAGACUAAAGCAUUGCCGUAAUCAGUAAUCAGUAUUGUAGUGUAGAUUUCAGUGUGUUGGCCCUGACUGUCUUCUUGCCAUUGUCUCCAGUUUUAUUCAGUGUGGGAGCCCAUGCGAAAAGCGAAAAGGCGUCUCGCGAAUGUUUACAAGGGAACUGGCUUAAAUAGUUGCUGCUAUGCAGCCCCGCCCCUCUUAAAACAUUAUUAAUGAGCCGCUUUUUCAAUUGGCCAAUCCCAAAGCACCAGUGGGAGGAGUAAGCACAGUGCCACGCCCACAAACUCGCAAACUAUAAAACAGGUGUUUGUUUUCGGUCUGUCCAAGCAACGGCAUCGCAAAAAGGGCAACGCAUUGAUUUCUAGUUCUGACAUGCCUGUUUUUUUUUUUUUUUUUUUUUUUUUUAGGUAUUAUCGUUUGUAUUAAAUCUGUUUUUAAAAAUGGUGAUAGGAAGAUCACGGUUGUCUUGCCCUGGGUCUACUAACUUGGACUAUGUUUAGGUAAAAAGGAAACAAAAAGCUUGGAUUCAGCAUUGAAAAUGGAAAAAAAGAAAACACACACACAUUCCUAACUGUUUUCCUGUCCGCUUACUUGUAAGCAAGCUGGUCUGUCUGCAUUUACUUCUGAAUCAUUAAAGCCUGGGUGCAUUGCCAAGGGAGCUGUCCUGCGUCCAGAUUUGAACACACAGAGUUUGGGGGG